AUGGUCCUCGCCGACUUAAAGAAAGGAGGCAACAAGUCUUCGGAGAAAACGAAAAAUCGUAUGCGCGAAUUGAGGAUUCGCAAAUUAUGUUUGAACAUUUGUGUCGGCGAAUCUGGUGACAAGCUCACCCGUGCCGCUAAGGUGUUGGAACAAUUGACUGGCCAACAACCAGUGUUCUCUAAAGCUCGUUAUACGGUCAGAUCUUUCAGUAUCAGAAGAAAUGAAAAAAUUGCAGUGCACUGCACAGUUCGAGGUGCUAAGGCUGAAGAAAUCUUGGAACGUGGAUUAAAGGUUCGUGAAUACGAAUUGAGGCGAGAAAACUUCUCAGACACCGGUAACUUUGGUUUUGGUAUUCAAGAACACAUCGAUUUGGGUAUCAAGUACGAUCCCAGUAUUGGUAUCUAUGGUUUAGAUUUCUUCGUUGUCUUAGGACGUCAAGGUUUCAACGUAGCUCACAGAAGAAGGAAGCAAGGCAAAGUUGGUUACCAACAUAGACUUAACAAAGAAGACGCAAUGAAGUGGUUCCAAACUAAAUAUGACGGAAUCAUUUUGGCAGGGAAGAAACACUAA